AUGGCAGUUUACCAUGUUGGCAUAAAUAUCUCUUGUCGUAGCUACGAAUCUUCUGAACACUGUGGUCUUGUCUCCGAUGUUGCAGUUCUCAUCAUGGUGGAAAUUCUUGUAAAUCUUGCUCUAUUCCAGUACUACUCCCGACAUAACUGUGUAACUCACUGGCAACGCCAAUCUUGUGUGGCUGGUUUGUUCCGAAGCACUAUAUCAAGCGAUGAACUCACUCUCGCAGCAGAAGAGGAAGGAGAAUUUGAUCCAGCAUAUCUGUGCAGAUUUUGCACCGUAUGCAACCGCGAAGCUCCAAUAAGAAGCCACCACUGCCCUAUUUGUAAAAUCUGUGUUUUGCGAAAAGAUCACCAUUGCUUUAUAACCGGCGCUUGCGUGGGACUGGGAAAUCAGGUAUGCGCUUGCGGAGUUCGAAUCUCUAAUUUAAGCAUUCCAUUUCAGCGUUACUUCAUCAUAUUUUUGUUUUGGGCUUGUGUUGGCUUACUGCUUGGAGCACGCUAUACAGUCGCUUAUUUAUAUGAGACCUCUACGGCUGGUUUUCCUUUUGGAUUUUUAUACUGUGUUGGUCCGAUAGCCGUAAUUCGUUGGAUGAUGGGCUACAGUAACUUUUUGCACGCUUUUGUGUGCACCAUCUUUUCCUUUAUUCUCGCUAGCCUUAUAGCUGCUGGAGGUUUCUUUGGAAUGCAGGUAAAAAUAUCCCUCAAAUACGUCUACGUGAUUCGUAAUACGGUCCCAUUUUCAAGAUAUACUAUACUUGUUAUGGCUACACUAUGUAUGAAUAUCACAGCAGCGUCCGUGAUGCUUUUGAUGGCGACGGGUGAGCUUUCCCUCAUUAUUCCAAAAACUCCAGGCUUCAGUUAUUCUAAGAGUUUUAGAACUAACCUUGGAGAGAGAUUCCGCUUGAUUUUUGGUCGGCACUGGAUUCUAAAUUUCUUCUUUCCGCAAUUUUGGAAUGCUCAAAUAUUGACUUCUCAGAUUGCAACCAAUUUGUUCCGAGUUAGAAGUAAGCAGCUGUAG